UGAAAAUAAAAUUGAAGAUGAAGGUGCAUCAGGAUUAGGUUCUGGUUUAGCAAAUUGCAUUUAUCUCUCAAAUUUGACACUUGAUCUUCGUAGAAAUUAAAUUGGUGAUGAAGGUGCAUCAGGCUUAGGUUCUGGUUUAGCAAAUUGCAUUAAUCUCUCAAAUUUGACACUUGAUCUUCGUGAAAAUAAUAUUCGUGAUAGAGGUGCUUCAGGCUUAGGUUCUGGUUUAGCAAAUUGCAUUAAUCUCUCAAAUUUGACACUUUACCUUUAUAGAAAUUCUAUUUAUGAUGAAGGUGCUUCAGGCUUAGGUUAUGGUUUAGCAAAUUGCAUUAAUCUCUCAAAUUUGACACUUGAUCUUCGUAGAAAUUAAAUUGGUGAUGGAGGUGCAUCAGGCUUAGGUUCUGGCUUAGCAAAUUGCAUUAAUCUCUCAAAUUUGACACUUGAUCUUGAGUAAAAAUA